CUCUCUCUCUCGUGUGUGAGUGUGUGUGUGUGAGCUGAUCAGGUGACCGGAGCUCGUUGGGGGCGCCAAAAGCGUUUGAUUUGUGCUUGGCUCAUGUGGGUAUUAGCAUCUAGACUUGUAGAGUUAAAAAGAAUGCUUCUUGCGGAUGAACUCGACCCCUCUGUUUUGCUGAGCAUUAUCGAGGCAUUGUCGAGAUCAGAUUGGUGGUUUUGGGAGUUGAAUUGGCGUUGGAGUUUUUCGUCUGCGUGAUGGACUGUCCUAGCAGCCGGGGCUUACUUGGUCUUCUCCUUUUUAUUUGCCGAGAUCAAUUUGUUUGGUGAGCUGUUCAGCUGUUAGAGCUUUUGCAAUCAACUGAGCAACGAUGUAGGUUUGCUUACUGCGCUAUGUGGUGGAAGGCUGAGAGGACCUUGAUCGAUUCUCAUUUCGAGGUUGGAAACUGUCGGGGAAUGCCGAGAUCAAUGUCUCGUCUGUUUGAAAUUCUCAAUUGAAGUCGGUUUUGGGUCGAAAAAUGUGAAUUCUGCAAAUUGGUUCAGAACGUGACCAGCAAUGUUAUCCUUACGCAUCGAUCUUCAUUUUUCUGGAAGCCAUUUGACUUUUCCAUUUUUGGAGGGUGGGGGCGUCAAAUUUUUUGAAUAAUGCCACAAGAUAAUGCUAUGACAGAUUAAGGUAGUUAUGAUGCUUUUAACUCGAUAAUGGCUCAUCAUUAUCUAAUUAUCAAGCUGCCUUAUUAGUAUUGUUAAUGUAGUCAAUUAUUUAUAUCCUGUGGUGCUUGGGAAGGGGUUGUUGGGUUGAGGGAAGAACAACAAUACACGUUGGAAAUUAUUUGUUUAAUUAUUUCAAAACCUGAAGUAGUGUGUAACUUGUCAGUUUCUCCUUUUCUUCUUCGCUAAGGGGAGAGAAAAAUGUGUACCCUCCAGUUUCGCAGCAUCAGUUCUACAUACAGAGACAGACUAAUCUUGUGUGCUCAUACACUGCCAUGGCGUGUUAUUUCCAUCCAGCCAGAUUACGUUCCGUCUCCUGCUUAAGUUUUCUAUCACAUGACGAGAAAAAUAAGAAAAGAUUCCAAAGGAGUAAAUAUUUCAAAGAUGUUGAGAAAGCUCUCCAUUUACCCAUCCAAGCAAGGAAUUUGAAAUGCAAGAUACCAACCUUGAAAGUAGUUCUGCUUAUUAUUUUACUAGGAACUUUUCUGACGCUCUAUUGUUCUCCGGCAAUUUAUAAUACAGAUCAUCCCCCUGGUUCUUCAUCUCGGCCAAGUCUCAUUGGUAGAUGGACAAGAGAGACUGCUGGUGCAGAUCCCCGUUAUGCGUCAUUGUUGGACAUUAAUUGGGAUCAGAUCUCAACCGCUAUUGAGAAGCUGACCGAUAAGAAUGAGUAUCAAGGUGUAGGUCUGUUGAACUUUAAUGAAAAUGAAAUUGAUAAUUGGAAGCAACUAUUCCCUGAACCCGAGCAUGUUGUGUUACACCUGGAACAUGUGCCUCACAAUGUAACCUGGGAGACGCUCUAUCCUGAAUGGAUAGAUGAGGAAGAAGAGUUUGAGGUCCCCACUUGUCCUUUCUUGCCUCAGCUUCAGAUUCCUGGAAAACCACGUCUUGAUCUUAUUGCGGUCAAGCUUCCAUGUGAUAAGUCAGGGAGGUGGUCAAGAGACGUGGCUCGUCUGCAUUUGCAACUUGCCGCAGCCAGACUUGCUGCUGCUGCUAAGAGUUAUCAUCAAGUGCGCAUUCUUUUUGUUAGUGAAUGCUUUCCCAUUCCAAAUCUCUUCACUUGCAAGGAACUUAUCACACACAAUGGGAAUGUCUGGCUGUAUGAGCCCAACCUAAAUAAACUGAGAGAAAAGGCUCGUCUUCCUGUUGGGUCAUGUGAACUGGCGGUUCCUCUAAAGGCUAAAGAACACUUUUACUCAGAAAGGCCACAUCGAGAAGCAUAUGCUACAAUCCUGCACUCUGCUCAUGUCUACGUUUGCGGGGCCAUCACAGCAGCUCAGAGCAUUCGCAUGGCCGGUUCUACGCGGGACCUUGUGAUACUUGUUGAUGAAAGCAUCAGUGACUAUCACCGGAAAGGUUUGGAGGAAGCAGGGUGGAAAGUCCACACGAUCCAGAGAAUCAGGAAUCCGAAAGCUGAAAGGGACGCGUAUAACGAGUGGAACUACAGCAAAUUUCGGCUUUGGCAGCUGACUGAUUACGACAAGAUCAUUUUCAUUGAUGCUGACUUGCUUAUCCUCAGGAAUAUUGAUUUCCUGUUCGAAAUGCCUGAAAUAUCUGCAAUCGGCAAUAACGCUACUCUGUUCAACUCUGGCGUGAUGGUGGUUGAGCCAUCAAAUUGUACAUUCCAGCUGCUUAUGGAUCACAUUAAUGAAAUCGAGUCCUACAAUGGUGGGGAUCAGGGAUAUCUAAAUGAAAUAUUCACUUGGUGGCAUCGGAUCCCUAGGCACAUGAACUUCUUGAAGCACUUUUGGGAAGGUGAUGAGGUGGAGAAGAAGGAGAUGAAAACACGUCUGUUUGGUGCCGAUCCUCCGAUCCUUUAUGUCCUCCACUAUCUCGGUAACAAACCAUGGCUAUGCUUCCGGGACUACGACUGCAACUGGAAUGUAGACAUCCUGCAGGAGUUUGCGAGCGAUGUCGCCCACCGGACGUGGUGGAAGGUCCAUGACGCCAUGCCAGAGAACUUGCAAAAGUUCUGCUUGCUUCGGUCGAAGCAGAAGGCAGCUUUGGAGUGGGACCGAAGGCAGGCCGAGAAAGGAAACUACACAGACGGUCACUGGAAGAUCAAAAUAAAAGACAAACGUCUAAAGACAUGCUUCGAGGAGUUUUGUUUCUGGGAAAGCAUGUUGUGGCAUUGGGGCGAAAAGAAUUGGACUGAUAAUGCGACCGUCACUCCCUCACCGCUGGCAAUUAGUUCAUCAUCCCUCCCUUCUUUAUGACCCCAAGCUCCCUUCUGAUCUUCACCUAUUUUGUGCAAAUCAUACAGAGACUCGGAUCAUCAAAUAGUUACAGUUCAAAUCGAAUACUACAGAAACAUUGCAGCCUUGCCUGGUCGCGUCCUUGGAUGUUUGUAAUGAAUUCAAAUAGCAUGCUCAAUAGUGAAAUACAUUCGAUUUCUUUGAA